CAGGCACACUUCCGGGUGCAAGGUUGACUGAGGGCGUGCUUUCCUGUCUAAGGUCCAAUAUGGCGGCGUCCAUUAUGAGAAGAUUAUAUUUAACGCUAUGCGUUUCUGGGACCCCUAGGGUGCAUGUUCCGAAUAAAUACGGUUUGCACUACAGAAUCGUGGACAGAGAAUAUAGAAGCGCUUACAGGCUCAUCAAACUUAACUUCUCUCCCAGACUUAACUAUGGCAGCAAGGCGGAGAUUUACACACAGGACGGGCAGAUACACAUUCCAGUUGAUCGCUUGACAAUAUCGUACAGUCGGAGUAGCGGGCCUGGCGGUCAGCACGUUAAUAAAGUGAACACAAAAGUAGAGAUCCGGUUCCACGUUCAGUCAGCUGACUGGAUUCCGGAAGAGGCGCGAAACAAGAUCCUUCAAAGAAACAAAACCCGGAUAAACAAAGCAGGAGAGUUGAUGGUAACAUCAGAAGUUAGCCGGAGUCAGCAAAGGAACCUAGAGGACUGCUUGCAGAAAAUCAGCGACAUUAUUGCAGAGGCCAGCCAGAAGCCACGUGAGCCAACUGCAGAAGAUGUUGCUCUUAGGCGUGCCAGACUGGAAAAAAGGAAAAGGGAGAUCUUGAAACAGAAAAAGAUUAACUCUGCACUAAAGCAGAGUAGAAGGGUUGAUUUUGAUUGAGAAGAACUGCUCCCAGCUUGAUGACACACAACCAGGACUGUGAUUUGACAGUGAAUUACUUGUAAUUGUCAUUCUUUGCUUCUUUCUCCUUUCCUGAAAGAAUUUUACUCUGUAAAUAAAUCUACUUUAUUUGUGUGAA